ACCUCAUCGGGGGUCGUAGUGUUCAAACACCAAGGAGAGUCGGUCCAUUUUUGGCUUUUAUUUUGGUGUCGUUGGGGGAAAAGAGGAGAAUAAUUCGCCGAAGGUAUUUCGCAGAAGGGAAGGAAAGGAGGAGGAACAAAGCAGAGGCUUUUGAAGGAGAGGCAGAGCGAAGGAACUUUUGGCAGGAAAAUGGCCAGCUCGGAUGGUUGCUAUGAUUUUGAUGCCCCGAUGCACUACUUUGACUUUAAUUCAGCGCAUGAUGAACCUGAUGAUUCCUACUUUGACUGCCCAGGUGAGAAUGAGGUGUUUGAUGAACGUAAACCAGGUCCAGCAAGACAGGCUCCAAAGACACCAGUGGAGACCCCAAAGAGACCAAAUGUAGCAUCUCCAUACCACAGCAGAGCUGAAAAGCCAAAGACCCCCCAGAGUGCUGUCAAGUCUGCCAAGCGUGAGAACAUGAUGUCCAGCAUUGGUGUCCGUCAGUCUCCAAGGCUUGCUGCCAUUGCUAAGGUACAGAACCCUCUCUGCACUCCCCAGGCUGUGCGAAGGAGUAAUGCCUCCAGACAAUCACUCGGAUCUGCUUCAUCAACUGGAACUAAAUCUUCCCUUGGGUCACAGCUCAAUAAAGUGCAGAAGACAAAAACACAAAGACCUUCAGUGCCAAAGGUUCCUGGGAUGAGAGGGCUAAGCCCUCGUGAUCAAGAAGAACUGGCUGUCAUUGCCAACUUCAAGAACAAAAUGGCACAGAACAAGAAGAAGGGUGACAACAGUGUAAGCAGCAGCCACUCAAGGGCAGGAAAAUUAGUACCAACAAAGCCACAGGAAUUCACCUUUGCUACUGACAGCCGGCUGAGAAAUCAGAAGUCAAGUGAGACUGAGAGCAGUGCCCCCUCCCAAGCACCACCCAAGCCAGCUCGUCAUGGCCCUACUAGACCAAAGGAGUUCCACUUUGCCACAGACUCACGGGUGAAAACUCAUGAAAAUGCUGAGGAUACUGACCCUGUUGAUUUCACCCGUAUGCUACGUUCUAACCAGUCUGCAUCUAACAAAGAGAAGCCCAAAGGCCCUACCAUUCCCCAGCCAUUCAACCUAACUGAGUCUCGAAAGGGCAAAGUGGAGGAGGGGAACAAGUUUGUAUCUGUUGCAGAAUUGAACCUCAAGUUCCACACCAAAACUCCUCAGAGAUUCCGCAGCAAGCGUGGAGGUGCCAGUAUGGAGGACCUUCAUAUGGAUGGUAAGAAGACUAAGGCUAAUCCUGGGGUGACAAUUCCCCACACUCCUGUCCUCUCUACACGCAGCCGAACUAGGCAGGUGAACUACCUCACUCAUGAAGAGCAGGAGCAGAAAGAAUUUGAGGAGGCUCAGAAGCAUGCCUUCAAGGCCAAUCCACUGAACAAAAAGGUGUUUGAAGCACCUUCAACUGGCUAUGAGGUAGAGAAGAAAUUGCCAACAGUCCCAGAACCAUUCAAUAUAACAGAUGUUAAGAAGAACAACCUUCCCCUGGGCCACAAUUUCCGGGAAAUUUGCAAUAAGCUGGGAGGCUCAACCUCCUCUGUUGCAUCUCUUCCACACGGAGGCAUCCCAAGCAAAUGGGAUAAGACUUCAACCAAGCCCCAGCCAUUCAGCUUCGAUGAAAGAGAUAAACAAAAGAUGCAAAAGAAGCAGGAAAUGAUCCAAAAGGUGCUGGAAGAAGAAAAGAAGUUAGCCGAGUUCCAUGCCCAACCGAUGCCAGUGUUUGAAGGAGUGCGUGGCAUCCCAGAAAAGAAGCCCCCAACACCUACACGUCAACAGCCAUUCAAUUUGGCAAGUGAUUACCGUGGAUCAUUGAAGCAGCUCCAGAUUAAAAGAAGUCUUGAGGAACAAGCCAGACUGGAAAGGGAGCAGCGAGAAUUCCGUGCCCGCUCAGAUGCAGUCGUCCAUAAGCAGCCCUUCAUCCCUGAGAAGUCAAAGAAACCACUAACAGAUAUUUCUGGAUUUACUCUCAACACUGAGAUUAGAUCUGAGGAACGCAACGAAUUUGAAAUGCACCGCAAGAGGAAGGAAGAUGAAUUGUUAGCGGCAAAGAGAGAGCAAGAAGAGAGGCAGGCAGCGGAGGAAGCAGAGGAAAUUGCAAGACUUCGUCGCACAAUUGUCCACAAGGCUAAUCCAGUGCCCAGUUACAAACCUCAUGUUGUGAAGCCCUCAGAACGUCAUCCCACAAUACCCAAAUCUCCUAACUUCUCCACUGACACUCGUUUACGGUCAAGAUCAAGGGCAGACUCUACUAUGAAUAUUUCUAGUGCUACUUUCACUUCUGAAUAAUGGACUUCAAAUAAGAGAUCCUGAAUGUAGCUUUAGUUUUAUUUUGAUAAUGACAGUUAGAUAGUAUUUAGUUUAACUGAAAGUUUUUGUUGUGACAAUGGACUUGAAUGAGGCUUUCAGCCUAAGGUAGUCACUCAGAAUUCAGUCACAAACCUUGACAAGUUAGAUAAAUGCCUGCUAGAUUUUAUUUUCCUAGCUGUGAAUGAAUUCACUGAUUACAUUCCUCUCAUUGUACACAGCAUGCUGCCACGUAUACUGUAAGGUGCUUUACUUUAAACUCAGUAAUUCUUUUGGUGUGAUUGUGUUGCAUAAAGAAACUUGUAGAUGUUAAGCAAAACUUAGCAACUCUGUUUAUUGAUGUAUGAACUAUGGAUUCUGAAAUAAACUUUAGCACAUGUCUAAUGUACUAACCGUGCACCAUUUUUGCAAGUAAUAUUACUUUGAAUGUUUUUAUUCAGGUGUCAUCUUAGCUUUACAAGUAACUUUUCAAGUCUCAGCAUGUUUCAUUUUGUUGAAUAUCUUUUUUAAGAUCCCAAAUUAUUGUGCCUUGUAGUUUAGUUUUAUUACUGGUACGAAAGAAAAAAAAUCUUAAGCCCUCAUGGUAUGAAGUAUAAAUAAUUGUCAGAAAAAUUGUAUAGAAGCCAGUCUUUGAGUAGAGGGCUAAGUAAUAUCAGUGUACAGCAUUCCAAAGUAUUUAAUCAAAUGUAGUAUACAUUUGCCUUGUUUUUUUAGACAUGCUGAAUUCUUCUUUUUUCUGUCCUGUUAAUUUUAAGGAUACAUCUUCAUUUCCUGAUGUUUGAGAAAAUUUAUUGUAUUUUUUUUAUUUCAUUUAUUUUUUUUUCUUUCUGUCUUUUUUAAAAAUACAUUUUACUUCAAAUAUUGUCUGAAAUAUAGGAAAUCUUUUAUAAUGAAAUGUUUAUAUCCUUUAAUAAAUUAUAAAAACCA